AGGGAGAUAGGAGGGGGCCAACACUGUUCCUUUAAGGACCGUACAAAUUCAUCUGGGAGGCAUAACAUCGUCGGAGUGCUUUGUAGCGUUUAGGGAGUCGUUACGGUUAGACUGACUUACAUACAGUGUACUUACUGUCCGAGACGCAUGGGGUAAAAACGGAUUAUAACCAUGAAGAAAACUUGGAUUCUAUUCACUGCUCAAUUUCUGUUAUUACAAUUCACAGGUAAGGGCUGGUGCAGGCUCAUCCUGUCUCCCAGCGGUCCACACACAGUGGUUCAGAAAGGAGGGUCUCUGAAUCUUCGUUGUCAUGGUGACGAGGCCCCUGGCUCCGUCUCAGCCGCCUCUGUUCUUAAGUGGCAGCGGGAGCGGGGUCGAAGGGUGGAAGGGGAGGGAGAGGAUGACCAAGGAGCCUUCAUCACCGUGGCGGCUGCACAGGCUUACCACAUGGGGCUCUACUCGUGUGUCAACAACCGCACCUCAGAACAGAGUUCCAUCUAUGUGUAUGUGAAAGACCCCCAGAACGCCUUUCAGCGCACCAUGGUGAACGGCAUUCUGGUCCGGGAAGGUGAGGACUGUACCGUGCCCUGUCUUGCUACUGACCCAGCGGUCACACUACUGGCCCUGAACACCUGCGACGGGCGACUUCUGCCCUCUGACUUGCGUUACCGUGCCGACCCACAGCGAGGCAUCAUCAUUGCCAAGGCCAAGAAGGUGUACGAGGGCUGCUACAUGUGCGUGGGUGAACUGGGCGGGGUCCUGGUCAAUUCCAGCCAAUACACAGUGGAUGUUCGGCUGGCUCCGGAGAGUCCUCCCAUUAUCGACCUAUCACAGAAAGAGAAUGUGAUCCUGAGGAAAGGGGAAGAGUUCAAGUUGACCUGCAGCUCGUCCAAUGCCAACCCUGACCUCAUCCUCAAAUGGGAUUUCCCCAAAGACGCGCGAGUGUUUGAGACCCACAACUCAAAAAUCCUGCCUGGUGCUCGGGGUUACAAGCGCUCCACCAGUAUCUGGAUCACCUCUGUCAACCAAUCAGAUGGUGGGGCAUACCGCUGCCACGCCCUCAACGAGAGGGGCAAAACCACGGUGGUGCUUCAGCUCGAUGUCCGCGACCAUGGCUUUAUCCGUCUGUUGGAAGAGUCCAGGCCUACCCCUGCUCCAGUGAAAGAGGGAGAAAGCAUAAGCCUCAGGGUGGAGUUGGACUCAUACCCCAGACCCAAAACCCUCUCCUGGGUAUACAAGGGCAAGGUGCUCCGCAAUACCACAGAGCAUGUCAUCACCAUCCAACGAGAAACUUAUAGGUAUAUCAGUGAGUUAAAGCUGGUGAGGGUCCACGGUUCUGAGGGCGGGAUCUAUACCUUCUCAGCCGAUCACGAAGACGCCUCUCUCAAUCAAUCAUUCCCAGUCUAUGUCAUCAGUAAGCCAGUCAUCAUUUCCCAGGAGGGCCCUGUUGACGGACAGGUGCGCUGCGUUGCCGUCGGUUACCCAGCCCCCCAGAUCAGCUGGUACUAUUGUGAACUGCCCCACACGCGGUGCUCACACCUGGCCAAUGCCACCCAAUGGGAGCCGCAGGAGGUCGUCGUGGUAACUGUAUCCAACUCAGGCUUUGGGCGGCAGGAAGUGGAGAGCCGGGUGAACGUGAGCAAGGAGCAUGCACACUACCACACCCUGGAGUGUGUGGCUACAGCGCACGGACAGCAGGCCUACACACUGUUCGCUAUUGGUGAGCGCACAGUGCCCCAUGAGCUCUUCACCCCUCUCCUCUCUGGCGUGGUGGCUACUGCUGUCAUACUGAGCGUCAUACUGGUGGUGCUGCUCUACAAGUACAUGCAGAAACCCAAGUUCCAGAUCCAGUGGAAGGUUAUUGAGAGUAUCCAUGGCAACAAUUACAUCUACAUCGACCCCACCCAGCUCCCCUAUGACCCCAAAUGGGAGUUCCCUCGGCAGAAACUACGCUUUGGAAAGACCCUUGGCUCCGGGGCGUUUGGUAAAGUCCUGAGGGCCACAGCUUAUGGUCUCGGCUCACCAGACUCGGUAGUGACCGUCGCUGUCAAGAUGCUCAAACCCAGAGCUCACUCCACCGAGAAGGAAGCUCUGAUGUCAGAGCUGAAAGUUCUCAGUUACCUCGGCAACCACGUCAACAUUGUCAACCUGCUUGGGGCCUGUACUGUCGGAGGCCCCACGUUAGUGAUCACAGAGUACUGUUGCUAUGGAGACCUGCUCAACUUCCUGCGCAGGAAGAGGGAGACGUACUUCAGUUCCCAGAGUAACGACAGUUACUACCGCAACGUCCCCAACCAGAGAGAAUGCUCGGGCAGAGAGGGAAAUGGUGCAGGGUACAUGUCCAUGCGUCCGUCUGAAAAAGACUCAGAUGACAAGAAUGCUCUUUCUAUAGAUGAUCUGUCUCUGGACACCGAAGAUCUUCUCAGCUUCUCCUACCAGGUGGCUAAAGGCAUGGAGUACAUCACGUUCAAGAACUGCAUCCACAGAGACCUGGCAGCCAGAAACAUCCUGCUGACUCAAGGUAGAGUUGCCAAGAUCUGUGACUUUGGCCUGGCCAGAGACAUCACUACUGACUCCAACUACGUCCUCAGGGGAAACGCUCGUCUCCCUGUGAAGUGGAUGUCGCCGGAAAGUAUCUUUGACUCUGUGUACACCUUCGAGAGCGACGUCUGGUCCUACGGCAUACUGCUCUGGGAGAUCUUCUCUCUUGGUAGCAGUCCUUACCCAGGGAUACAUGUGGGCUCGGCCUUUUACAAGAUGAUUCAAGAUGGCCAUCGGAUGAGCAGCCCUGAGUUUGCGCCCAAUGAGAUGUACGAAAUGAUGCUACUUUGCUGGAGCCAGGAUCCGCUGAAGAGACCUUCCUUCAGGAAGCUGGUGGAGAGGGCCGAACUGCUCCUGUCAGAGAACACCAAGAACGUGUACCUGAACCUGAGCAGCGCACCUGUCCCUCCACGGCAGCAAAGGGCGCCCUCACGGAGGCUGAGCUCCGUCUGCAGCACCACCGCCCCCACCCAGCCUCUUCUGCUCAGCACCGCUGACGUCUUCCUGGACUACGACGCUGUCUGAGACACACACACACACACUUAUACACCUUCCUGCCUGCCUACCUCCUCAACUCUGCUACACAGUCCAGUGCUCUGAUCAGUCUGUCUCUCUCUCACACACACGCACGCACACUUGCAUUGGCCUCUCUCCACCCGUUUAUGGUAUUACUAUAUUGAUCCCUGGUGUAUUCCAAGUGCAUGUCUACAGCCGACUCAGCAGUCCUAGCCGGCCAUGAAAACCCAUGACGUCAUAGAACAUGACCCUAACGGAUGAGGUGUACAUUCUAAAUUGUAUACGUCUUGACGCACUCAACGGAUAACGGAUUGAUUCUGGUUAAGUGAUUCAGGAUUACUUUGUGGAUUGUAAAACAACAUCGUUAAGAGUAGGGAUACAGAGAAACCAAACAAAUGACUUAACAAUUGCUUGAUCAUAAAUAAAAAGCCAUAACAGAACGGUAUGAAUUGACAGAACUGAUUGUGUUUGGCCUUGGUAACUAAAACAAUUUACCUACAAAGCCAUAUGUAUAUGAGAGUAUAUGGAAAUACUGUUUUGUGUUUUCACUUAAAAUGUUUUGCGAAGAGGUGAAUAUACUGCUGAAUUUAGAAAUUUCUUUGAACGAGUGUUUCUGCCUUUGCGUCGGACUACUAGUUGACAUUGUGGAUAAUGUAAAUACGAGUGUAACCAUCCUUUAAACUAGUUUAGUAAUGUAUGUAUGUGUGUAAUGUAUGGGUUGUUUGUACUGGCAGUUUCAGAAUUUAGACUAUGUAAAUAUAUACAUGUCUGGCUCCUGGUUUGUAAAGAAUGUUUUGCUAGGUUUCUGCAAUGUAUGUGCAAACGAGCUUCAGAAUUGUUACAAACGGUUUUGAGGUUUAUGCAGUUUUGAUAAAGAGUGUUGAUUGUAAUACAGAAAGUAAAUAAAUAUGUACCAUUUGUGAA